GCAAUCAAAAGCAAAACAAAAACGGCGUGGCAAUGGGCAUGCUUUAUAAACAAAUUUAUUUUUUGCUUUCUACUCUCGAUACCCAAUGCCAAUACAUCCUACCGUACCCCACACAACCCUCGGCUCGGUGCUUAACCGGAGUGCCAGGAGCUACACAGCUCUAAAACACCGUAACCCCUGGUCGCUAUGAACCCGCACCUGUCCCCUCCUUCUCCGUAAAGCAGUCAAGAAGCAACAAACAACCAUGCCGCCGAUAUCACUUUUCGAGAAGCUCACGCUGGUCCUGCGCGGGCUCGGGAUAAUUCCGCACAUGCUUUACGCUGCGAUCCACACGCGCUCGCCCCGCAAAAUCCGCAUUGCCGUAAACCGGUAUAUCACCGGCGCACUGUCAAUCUCGCAGAUCCAAUAUGUGAUGUCGCCGACGCUAUCCACCUACCGGGCGUUCACUAGCUCCCCCCUCUCCUCCUCCAGCUCCUCCGCAAACAUCACCGAGAUCCCCGGCGACGCUCCCUGCCGCCUGCUAUGGCUCGGCCAGUACCAGCCAGGGAAAAAAGUCCUGCUAUACUUCCACGGCGGUGGCUACGUCAUGCCAAUCACGAAGGAGCACCUGAUGUACUGCGAGUACGUGCGCAGCACCGUGGGGCCGGAGGACCUCGCCGUCGCCGUGCUCGAGUACACAAACACGCCGGGCAGGCGGUACCCCUACCAGCUCGCGCAGGCGAGCGCCGCACUGUCGCACCUUUUGGCCAGCGGCGUGGCGCCGGCCGAUCUCGUCCUCGGCGGCGACAGCGCAGGCGGACACCUGGUGCUCAGCGUGAUCUCGCACGUUCUGCACACGCACCCAUCGGUGCGUGCCGUAUCACCCGCGCUCGCCGCACCGCUGGCGGGGAUCUGCCUGCUCUCGCCCGCAACGACGUUCCGCGUAACCGCGGACAGCUUCCGCCGCAACGACGGCAGGGACAUUAUCAAGCAGAGCACGUGCGAGUACUGGAGCGCGCAGCUGACGGGUGGUGAUAGCGGGUAUUGGGAUGAGGCGGAGGGCGGGGGGUGGUGGGGUGAGGUCGUGAGCGCGCCCGAGGACUGGUGGAGGGGCGUGGCGGGCGUGGUAAAAAGGUGCUUGGUUACUGCGGGGGAGAGAGAGGUUAUUCUCGAUGAUAUUCUGAGGCUCGGGGAGACGUUUGAGAAGUUGGGAGAAGACUGGACGGUCGAGAGGGUGCUGGGCAAGGGCGAGAUUCAUGAUUCCGCGCUGAUGGAUUAUAUCCUCGAAAAGAAGGCGUGCGGUGAGACGACGAUCAGGUCGGCGAAGUGGGUGGGCGAGGCUCUGGGGAUCGCGGCGAGAGUGUAAAUGCUGAUGUGCAACGUUGUGCGGAGGGAAUCGGUGGCUGAAAUGGAGCAUUCAUUCAUUGUUUACCCUUUUCUGGCUAUGUCCGCGGUACCACACAUGUUUCCGUUUGGAAGCCCAGAUUGGAUAUCGGGAGUAAAGAAGGAGUGUGCUGUUCUAAGCUCUCGGUACUGUUCUAAGCUUGCCCAUGUCUCGGGGGUUGGAUUGGUGUGCCGUGGGUGGAUGGGGCUUUGUUGGCUGGGGAUUUGCUCAACAGUCAAGGCCGAGUGAAGACAAUGGCAAUUGAUAACCCCUUUUCCUCGAUAUGUCUUCAAGUUCCUAAAUAUACCUCCAUAUUCC